AUGCCUGUGCUUUCAGAUUUUCUCCGAAAACGGAGAAGACGUCCUAGACGUCUUCAGGCGGAUUCCUCGAAAUCUAAUUCCAAGAAAAACAGCAAUAAUAGUAAUAAAAUGUCAACAGCUUCAUCUGGAAAAUCGCAACGAGGUCGAGCUUCAUCGUUGACAUCGAUUAAUAACUUCGAGCAUUUAGCAUCAGUAGAAAAGGCGGGCUGGCUGAACAAAUGGACCAAUUAUUUAAAAGGAUAUCGACAAAGAUGGUUCGUACUGGACUCGAAUGCAACACUCAGCUACUAUCGAAACCCCAGCGAAGUUGGUCAUACGUGUCGUGGAAGUAUUAACUUGCAGGAAGCGCGCGUUCAUACUGAUAAGACAACUUCAUGUAUCGUCAUUUCUGGACAAUCACAGACGUUCCAUGUCAAACCACACAACGAGAUGGAUCGACAACAAUGGGUGAACUCAUUGGAAUAUAUGAGACAUAAGGCUGUUACCAAGGCAGAAAGUGAAGAAGAUGAAGAUGCUCAAUUGGCACAGACGGAUUCAAGCCGAUCGGAUGCUCUGAUCCUCUCCAAUAGACAGAUUUCUGGUAAAUUAUGUGACUUGAGGACUGCGGCCAAUAUGAUGAACAAACAAGGGGACGAAUUGAUGCGUGCUUUGAAUGGAACAGUGGAAACGGAUAAGAAUUCGCUGGCAGAAAGAGCAGACUUGUUGAAAAUGACCACUGCAGCAGUUAUCCAAGCCGCUGAGGAGUUUGUGGAGCUAUCAGAACAAUCCGCCAAGCGUCUCAAUAAGAUUGUAGCUGUUGAGCACAAGGAGAAGGCUUUCUUGCAGGCGAGUCUGGCGCUGGCGAAGCAACACUCAUCACUGGAACGGGCGGCCUCAAAGUAUUCGUCCGGAGUACCUGUAUCAGCAUAUAGUGACCAAGAAGACGAAUUCCAUGACGCUGAAGAAGAUCUGAUAAUGCCAUGUAACUCUACAUCUCCUGCCGGAGUGCACGCUGCUCCAACAGUUCGUACUGAUCGGCGACAUUCUGGUGCUGGUGAUCCAUCGUCGUCUAUUUCCUCGUCUCCGUCUCCCGAUGCUCCGAAAGGAAAACAGCGAAGGAAUACAGUACCCGAACGGCCGGAUCUUCCGAUCAAUUUAUGGUCAAUUAUGAAGAAUUGUAUUGGAAAGGAGCUCUCGAAAAUCCCGAUGCCUGUCAACUUCUCCGAACCGAUUUCAGUGUUACAGCGUGUCACUGAAGACUUGGAAUACGCUGAUCUUUUGGAAAUUGGAGCGAAACUUUCGACUCUUGAACAAAUGUGCUAUGUGGCUGCGUAUGCGGCUAGUAACUACUCGACAACCGGCCAUCGGACUAACAAACCAUUCAAUCCAUUGUUGGGAGAGACUUAUGAAUUCGAUAGAAUGGAAGAUUUGGGAUGGAGAAGUGUCACUGAGCAAGUAUCGCAUCACCCACCGGCCGCUGCUCAUCAUGCCGAAGGACGGGGUUGGACGAUGUAUCAAGACUUUACGAUGACAUCAAGAUUCCGUGGAAAGUACCUCUCUGUGAUUCCGAUUGGUUUUACUCAUGUCGUAUUUCCAUCCACGAAUUCUCACUUUUCCUAUCGUAAAAUCACAACGACGGUUCACAAUAUCAUUGUCGGAAAGUUGUGGAUCGAUAAUCAUGGAGAAAUGGAGAUCACCAAUCAUACGACAAACGAGAAGUGUGUAUUGAAAUUCAUUCCAUAUUCCUAUUUCAGUAGAGAACAACCUAGAAAGGUAUACGGUAUCGUCCGUGAUUCUGAAGGUAUUCCAAAGUACGUGGUUCAAGGAACAUGGGACAAGUCGAUUGAUAUGUUGAAGGUUUCGAGUUGGAAUGGAAAUCACGAGAAGCCAAAAGUUGAAGUAGAUGAGACGAGUUUGAAGAGGAUCUGGACCGCGCAUCCAUUACCAAAAGGCGCAGAGAAAAUGCACAACUUUACGAAAUUCGCAAUUGAGCUCAACGAACCAGAAGAUGGUGUCGCGCCAACGGAUUCUCGACUACGACCGGAUCAGAGAAUGAUGGAAAAUGGACAAUGGGACGAGGCUAAUAAGAAGAAAUUGGAGAUUGAAGAGAAGCAGAGAAUCGUGAGAAGACGUCGAGAAGCGGAGAAAGAGUUGGCUAUGAAGAGAGGAGACAAAUACGAAGAAUAUGAGCCAACAUGGUUCGUGCGAGUACAGGACGAGUCCAAUGGAGCAUUGAUUCACCAGUACAAAGGAGGAUAUUGGGAAGCUAAAGAGCAACAUGACUGGAACAAAUGUCCGGAUAUUUUCUAA